AUGUCAACUACUUCAACAACCUCAUCCCCUCCAAGUGCUUCAUUCAUUUCACAACAAGCCAUUCUCAGACCUUUCCAAAGCAUUCCCAUCUUGUUGAGAAACUUCUCAGCCAUCAUGGGACGAAGUAACUUCUUCCCGAUCGACACUCAAACCUUUUUCAAGGAAUUAUUCGAAGCUUUGGUGGUCACCUUGUUGUAUCCAGUCAUUACAUUCAUUGGAUUGUAUUUACAAUUUUUAAGAUGGAUUUGGACCAUGAUCUUUCGUGUGGCUGUUCCAACUCCUCAACAAUAUUCAGCCCAACAAAUUAAAUCUGCCAUUAUUACAGGAGUGGGUUCUCAGUCAGAAAUUGCAAAAUCAUUGGCAUUGAGUUUGUGUGAACAGUGGCGACGAGAUGCAUCUCAAGAUCAUAAAAUGUUGACACUUGUUGGAAAUGACGAUCGUCGAUUGAAUCAAAUUCGUGAAGAUCUCUUACGUACAUUGGGAGAGGACUAUCCAAAAACUACUGAAAUUCGUGUCAAAGUAUGUUCCCUAAAUGAUGAAGAGAAAAUUCGACAAGUGGUCACUGAAUAUGAUUAUGAUUUGGUCAUGACUUGUCAGGAAGAGAAAUAUACCAAUGCGGUAGAGAGAGGAAGUGUUGUUGGACAACAACCAAAUCUUGUGAAGGAAAAGACCUCUCCUCGUUCAACUUCUCCAAAACGAGAUGUGAAAGGUUCUUCCGUAAAUGGUAAUAGAAAAGGAGAAACCAAUGUUCCAAGCAGCAGAUCCAAUGAAGAAGCAUCCAGUAGUAGUAGUAGUACUAUUACUUCUGAAACUUCCUCAACUCUCAAUAUCAAUCCUGAACAAGUGCAAUAUCCACUGAACGAAGAUGAAAUUCGCUCCAAUUAUGAAUUUAACAUUUUUGGCACUUUGAAUACGGUUUUACCAGCAAUUCGUCAAUCUCGUGAAAGAGGUCUUACUGAUUCUCCAAAACAUGUGGUCGUUGUAGGAAAUGCUCCUUCUCGUCGAGGUAUUGAUCAACAAAUCUUUGGAUCAGGACCUGGAUUCAAUUCAUUGCUUGAACUUUCCAAAUUGGUCGAAGGUGAAGUCAGAAGAAGUUCUUUACGUAGUGGACUCGCAGGACAAAAGGUCGAUCCAAAUGAUUUCCCCAACGCUUCUCAACUCGUUUUCCAAAUCGUUACUCCAUUGAUUUGUCAAAAUUUAACAUCAACUUUGGGAAUUACUUUCAAUGAAUGGAUUUCUCGAGUUUUUAGUGAAUCCUAUUCUAGUCGAAGAGUUGAAAAGAGAAGACAACGUGAAGGUGUUCAACAAGAUGUUACUUCAAUUGAUGAAUCAUCCAGAGAAGGAAGAAGAACUUUGAACACAGAUGAAAGCGUCAGAAAUGAACCACAAUCUCAACGUGGAAAGGAUCAAUCAUUGAGUGAAAUUCCAGUUCAGGUAGCAGACGAAAUUAUGAGAGGUGUGUACAGAGGUGUGGAUGUGAUUGAUGUCAAUUCUCCUGUGGUGUAUGCUGCUUUGAGAUUGUACAAUGCAAUUCCAAUCAGUGUUCAACAUAUUAUUUCGACCUUGCUACAAUUCAAUAAUGAGUAG